AUGUCCAACUUCAAAUUACCAGAAAUAGAAAAUUUAUUGCAAAGUACGGAUACAGCUUUCGGGAUGUCAUCUGAUUUCUAUAAUCCUACUAACAUCAAGUAUAAAACAAAUGAUCCUUUUCAAGUACUAAAAAAGGACAAUAUUAAACCUACUCCUGAUAAGGAUAAUACUAAUCUUGGCUCAGAUUAUGAAAUUUACUUUCAAAAUGAACUGAAGACUCCUAAGAAAUGUGGUAAAGAAAAAGUUCGCAUCUAUUUGGAUAAAGAAAAAAGGAAGAUACGUGAUCUGUCCAAAAAUUACAUGGAAGUUGAGAAAUUUUGUAAUCAAUUCUGA